AAGGUGUUUAGUUUCAUUCUUCCCUUCCCUCCCUUCUUGUGAUCACUAUAUCAGCCUUUGCAUAACACCUCCUGCUGCAGAGAGGUGCUGGUCAGACCAGUUUUCAGGCAGUGUUUGUGCAUGAAUGAAUGUACUUAGGGAAGUCCUAAAUAGCCACAGGUUAAAACUCAAGAAUCUGGUUUUUGUUUUGAGAGAGGGGUCGCAGACACCUUGUUUUAUGUGACAGAUGUUAUAGCAGAAAUGUGGGCUUGAUUUUAACACAACUCACGGGAACUAAACAGGAUUUCGAAUGUGUUUGAUCUUGUCACUGCAAGGAUAAGACAGCUCAGCACAGCUGUGAGACUUCAGUAUCUGGACCAUGUUCUCCUCCGCUGUCCCAUACAAAAACCAGCACUACGCUGAACUGAAGAAGAACUGCAUCAACGACAAAACGCUGUUUGAGGAUCCAGAAUUUCCAGCCACCAAUGCAUCAAUAUAUUUUAGGAAACCACCUGCUGGUUUUGUGGAGUGGAAGCGACCAGGGGAGAUCAGCGAUGAUCCCCAUCUGUUUGUGGAAGGCAUCAGCUCCCAUGACCUGAACCAGGGAGUUGUGGGGAACUGCUGGUUCGUUGCUGCCUGCUCCUGUCUGGCUUUGAAGCCACACCUCUGGAAGAAGGUAAUUCCUGACUGGAAGGAGCAGGAAUGGGAUCCCAAGCACCCAGAAAACUAUGCAGGAAUCUUCCACUUCCAGUUCUGGGUGUUUGGAGAAUGGGUGGAUGUGGUGGUGGACGACCGGCUGCCUACGAUCAACGGAGAACUCAUCUACUGUCACUCAAAAACCAACAAUGAAUUCUGGAGCGCUCUACUGGAGAAGGCUUAUGCCAAGCUCUCUGGCUGCUAUGAGUCACUUGAGGGGGGAAACACAGGAGAUGCUGUGGUGGAUUUCAGUGGAGCGGUGGCCGAAGCCAUCAACCUGGAGGCAGAGGCCUACUACAAAGACCAGAAAAAACAAGACCAGCUGUUUGAGGAUCUACUGAAGGUCUACGACCGUGGAGGAAUCAUAAGCUGCUCCAUUAAGGCACAGCCUCAUGAAAUUGAGGCCAAGAUGGCAAAUGGGCUAGUGAAAGGCCAUGCAUAUUCAGUUACUGCGGUGAAGAAGGUGCGCCUGGGUCAUGGGCUGCUGGCCUACUUCAAGAACGAAACCAUCCCUCUGAUCCGCAUGAGGAACCCCUGGGGCAAGAUUGAGUGGAAAGGAGCCUGGAGUGAUAGCUCUGAGGAAUGGUCACAGGUUGGUGAUAUGGAGAGGGGAAACCUUGGCAUCACAGUGGAGGAUGAUGGAGAGUUCUGGAUGUCAUUUACAGACUGGUGCAAGUACUUCACAGAUGCAGAUGUUUGCCGUCUCAUCAAUACUUCCCUGAUCAGUAUCCAUAAGACAUGGAACGAGGUUGUGCACUUUGGGAGCUGGACCAAAAACGCAGAGCCGCUGUUAAACCGCUGCGGCGGCUGUGCUAACCACAAGCAGACAUUCCUGCAGAACCCACAGUAUUUGUUUGAUGUUACCAAGGAGGAGGAUGAAGUUCUAGUCUCUUUGCAACAAAGAGACAUGAAGAUCCACAGAAGAAUUGGUCAAGGAGAAAAUCUGACCAUCGGGUUCAGUCUCUUUAAGGUGGAACUGAACAGGAAGUAUCGAAUGCAUGACAUCCUGACACAACCAUGCGUGGCGACGUCCACCUACAUCAACGCUCGGACAGUGUUUUUGAGAAGCAUGCUGCCAAAGAGCCGCUACGUCAUCAUCCCCACCACCUUCAAGCCUCUCACACUGGGGGAUUACAUGAUUCGAGUUUUUACUGAUGUGGACUCAGGGUGCAGGGAGCUGGUAGAGGAUAAGCCAAAAGUACGAUGCUGGAGUUCAUUUCUGGGAUACCCACAGGCUGUGACUCACGUCUACGUCCACGGAGCAGAGGGGCUGCAGAACCAGGACAGCACCGGAGGUGCAGACCCCUACGUGAUCAUAUCCUGUGAGGGUAAAUCAGUGCAGUCCACCAUCAAGAAGGACACCCUGCAACCAGAAUUUGCAACCAGUGGCAUCUUCUACAGGAAGAAGCCCAGAAAGCCCCUAACUGUGGAGGUGUGGAACAGCAACGCGGUGAAGGACGAGUUUAUGGGCCAAGUGGUGCUGUCUGGGUCGGUGAAGGACACCACCGAACCUCAAAAGCUUCAGCUGAGGAAGCAAGGUCGGCAGAUGGCCGACGAGAUGCCCGGUUACAUCAGCCUGAGGAUCAUCACUUCGACUCAGCUGACCGCCAUGUGACCUUGUCUGUGACCCCGGAAGUGAGCGCUGAAUCGUGUUCAGUGCCAAACUAUGUGGAGUACAAUCUUGUGAGACUUAACUUGACGCGUGCCAUCAUGAGUGCACUAAAAUUGACUGUUUACUACCACUGUAUGCCGCAUGUGAUUACACUGAGCUGAAUUUUAGACUUUUAUUCAAAUGUUGAUUACUUUUAAUGUUGAGAGGUGAACAGGGAACUAUUGGACAGACUGAAUGUCACUUCCUGUUAAUGUUUUCAAUUACCCUUGUUAAUUUUUAAGUAAUUUUUUAUAACUUAUAAAACAUUUUUUAUUGGCA